UCAGAGAGGCGGACUGCUGAGUGCUGGGCGCGGACGCGCGGCUGCAGUCCAGCUCGGGCGCCGGUGCCUGCGCUCGCGCCGCCGGGUGGGAAGGAUGAAGCCUCAGCUGGAGCAGCCACCCUAUGAUUGGCUGUGGCGCUUGUGAACCCGAAGUAAAGAUGGCGGGCGGGCAGGCAGCCGCCGCACUGCCCACUUGGAAGAUGGCGGCUCCCCGCAGCCUCAGUGCCCGCGGCCGGGGGGUCCUGCAGGCAGCUGCGGGCCGGCUGCUGCCGCUGCUCCUGCUGAGCUGCUGCUGCGGCGCGGGCGGCUGCACAGCAGCGGGUGAGAACGAAGAGACCGUGAUCAUCGGGCUGCGGCUGGAGGACACGAACGACGUGUCGUUCAUGGAAGGGGGUGCGCUGCGGGUGAGCGAGCGGACCCGGGUCAAGCUGCGGGUGUACGGGCAGAACAUCAACAACGAGACGUGGUCCCGCAUCGCCUUCACCGAGCACGAGCGGCGCCGGCACACACCCGGCGAGCGCGGGCUGGGGGGCCCCGCGCCUCCGGAGCCGGACAGCGGCCCCCAGCGCUGCGGCAUCCGCACCUCAGACAUCAUCAUCUUGCCCCACAUCAUUCUCAAUCGCCGCACAUCGGGCAUCAUCGAGAUCGAGAUCAAACCGCUGCGCAAGAUGGAGAAGAGCAAGUCUUAUUACCUGUGCACGUCUCUCUCCACGCCCGCACUGGGUGCCGGCGGCUCCGGGUCUGCGAGUGGCGCCGUCGGGGGGAAGGGUGGCGCGGGGGUGGCCGGACUCCCGCCUCCCCCAUGGGCCGAGACCACCUGGAUUUACCACGACGGUGAGGACACCAAGAUGAUCGUAGGCGAGGAGAAGAAGUUCCUGCUGCCCUUCUGGCUGCAAGUGAUCUUCAUCUCGCUGCUGCUGUGCCUUUCAGGCAUGUUCAGCGGCCUCAACCUGGGGCUCAUGGCUCUGGACCCGAUGGAGCUGCGCAUCGUGCAAAACUGCGGCACCGAGAAAGAGAAGAAUUACGCCAAGCGCAUCGAGCCGGUGCGCAGGCAGGGCAACUACCUGCUGUGCUCGCUGCUGCUGGGCAACGUGCUGGUCAACACCACGCUCACCAUCCUGCUCGACGACAUCGCGGGCUCAGGCCUUGUGGCUGUGGUGGUCUCCACCAUUGGCAUCGUCAUCUUCGGGGAAAUCGUGCCCCAAGCCAUUUGCUCCCGACACGGCCUGGCAGUAGGGGCCAACACCAUCUUUCUCACCAAGUUUUUCAUGAUGAUGACCUUCCCCGCUUCUUACCCGGUUAGCAAACUGCUGGACUGCGUCCUGGGCCAGGAGAUAGGCACUGUCUAUAACCGGGAAAAACUGCUGGAGAUGCUCCGGGUCACUGACCCCUAUAACGACCUCGUUAAAGAGGAACUGAACAUCAUCCAAGGGGCUCUGGAGCUCCGCACCAAGACGGUAGAGGACGUGAUGACUCCCCUCCGGGACUGUUUCAUGAUCACCGGCGAGGCUAUCUUGGACUUCAACACCAUGUCCGAAAUCAUGGAGAGUGGCUAUACGCGAAUCCCAGUGUUCGAGGGAGAGCGUUCCAACAUCGUGGACCUGCUCUUUGUCAAAGACUUGGCCUUCGUGGACCCAGAUGACUGUACUCCCUUGAAAACCAUCACCAAAUUUUACAACCACCCCUUGCACUUCGUCUUCAAUGACACCAAGUUGGACGCUAUGCUGGAAGAAUUUAAGAAAGGUAAAUCUCACCUGGCCAUUGUGCAGCGAGUGAACAAUGAGGGAGAAGGGGACCCGUUUUAUGAAGUUCUGGGAAUUGUCACCUUGGAAGACGUGAUUGAAGAAAUCAUCAAAUCUGAAAUCUUGGAUGAGACAGACCUGUACACUGACAACAGAACGAAAAAGAAAGUGGCCCACCGUGAAAGAAAGCAAGAUUUCUCUGCCUUUAAGCAGACGGACAGUGAGAUGAAGGUUAAAAUAUCACCGCAGCUUCUCCUGGCCAUGCACCGUUUCCUAGCAACAGAAGUAGAAGCGUUUAGCCCAUCCCAGAUGUCAGAGAAGAUCCUCCUAAGGCUGCUAAAGCACCCCAAUGUCAUCCAGGAGCUGAAGUAUGAUGAGAAGAACAAGAAAAGCCCUGAGUGCUACCUCUACCAGCGCAACAAACCUGUAGACUACUUCGUCCUUAUCCUGCAGGGGAAAGUGGAAGUAGAAGCUGGGAAAGAAGGUAUGAAGUUUGAAGCAAGUGCUUUUUCAUACUAUGGUGUAAUGGCCCUCACAGCCUCUCCAGUUCCUUUGUCCCUGUCCCGAACCUUUGCUGUCAGCAGGACAGAGGUGUUAGCAGCAGGCUCUCCAGGUGAAAAUAAGUCACCUCCUCGCCCCUGUGGCCUGAACCACUCAGACUCUCUCAGCCGAAGUGACCGGAUUGACGCCAUGACACCAACCUUGGGGAGCAGCAACAACCAGCUCAAUUCUUCAUUCCUCCAGGUCUACAUCCCUGAUUACUCAGUGCGAGCCCUCUCUGACCUGCAGUUUGUCAAGAUCUCCAGACAGCAAUACCAAAAUGCCUUGAUGGCAUCCCGGAUGGACAAAACCCCUCAGUCUUCAGACAGUGAAAACACUAGAAUUGAAUUGACUCUUACGGAGCUGCAUGACGGGCUGCCGGACGAGACAGCCAACUUGCUCAACGAACAGAACUGUGUAUCGCACAACAAGACCAACCACAGCCUGCACAGUGACGGCGCCAUCUAGAGCCCCUCAGUCCCCUCGUCCGGCCUCCUGGCCUGUCUGACCAUGACUUCCACUAGUGUGAGCUUGUCUGCCAUGCUGCGUCCUACAGCAAUGAGACCAAAGACUUUGCCCCUUUCCCUGGAGGCUGCAGAGGACGGCAAGCUGCGGAGGACAGCAUGGAUAGGGAUGGAAACUAGACAAGUGACAUCGACAGCUGGGGCAUGGCUUUCAAGAAUUCGGAGACAGACUUCUGCCCAAAUAGAAUCAUGUUUAUUUUUUCAGUUCUUUUACCAUUUCUUUCCUUCCUCAAUGUGCAUGAAUUUAAAAAUUAUUUCGUUUAUUUUUUUUUCAAGAGAUCAUGUUUUUUGUUUUUCAAGUGUCUUUUGCAGAGUUUUAAGUUGGUCUGUCUGAGCUAGCUCUGCUGUGAUCCCAUGAUGUGACCCUAACAGAAUGGACUUGCCCCUUGAGUGGCCUUCCUUGGCCGUCCCGGGAAGGCUACCUUUCCUCUGUGUGCCGGUGGGUGUCGCUGUCGAACUUGAUGGAUGAAUGAAGACCAUGUCACUGAGGAACGUGCCAAGUCUGUCGUCACUGUGGGUGUUGGCAGAAGCUGCAGACACCCCUGUGCAUAUAGUAUUUCGAAAAUAUGUUCAAUUGUGUCCCUUUCCCUUAGGAAGGGCUAACGUUUGCUUGGGAAUGUGAUUUUGCUCCCACCCUAAGGAAUUUUUAUCACCAAAAUGAAUGUUAAUGAAUUUUAAACCCAUGGUUUAUCAUUGGCAAGAGGCAAGUUGACUUCAUCCACAGUCCUAUAACCUGGGGUGGUCUGGGGCAUCAGCUGAGCCACCCCCCCCCCACCCUCUCGGCCCUCACUCUUGCUAAUCCAAGCCGCUGCUACAGGUGCCAAAUGGAAACUUUCCACGGGGCUUGAACAUGUGGCGUGGUAGCUACGUUAGCUGCCUCUUUCCCCUGGGGAUCUAUGUGUUAUCAGAAUGAGGCGGGGGUGGGGUGGGGUGGAAUGUGUACUGUUUUUAAUAGAAGGACAAGGGAUUACCUGUCUCACCCCUUCUUCCAUAGAGCCAAGUGCCCCCUCCCAUCUUGUCCCUGGACUGUAGGGCCCAGAAGUGGCAGUGGUCCAGCAAAGAUGCCUCUUGCUUCAGAGGUGGUCAAUGCCAGAGAGGCUGUCAUACAGUCAGAGUCAGCUGGACCCCAAACAGAUCCAGAAACCAAAUGUGUGUUGUGAGUGUUUCAUGUAUGUCCCUGUUUUAUUUUAAUACCAAAUUUACCAUGUGUUGUGAAAUUCACGCCAGCAGGUACUGUUUGGGUGACUGAUUCCUUAACUAGUUUGUUUGUUUUAAGUGGUUACCUGUGUUUGCUGGCGAUACUCAUACACUGAAAUGACCUCCUGACCGUAAUGUUCAAUAGGAUUCUCACUACCCAGGUCACAGCUGGAGAAGAGAGCCUUCCUGUGCCCGGGUUUCCUGCCCAAGGAACCCUAAAGCUCACCAUCAGCCUCCUCCCUCAGGUAGGAGGUCUGCUAACCCCAGGCUGGGCUCUGGGAGGGUAACGUUUUGGGUUAAUCUCCUUGUAAAUAGUUGGUGAGUCUAGAAAACGUGUGUGUGUGUGUGUGUGUGUGUGUGUGUGUGUGUGUGUGUGUGUGUACGUGUGUACGUACUGGGAAUGGCACCCAUGGCCUUGGGCGUGCUUUGGCAAGUACUCCUGACAGCUACACCUGGGUCCGGGCCUCUGGUGCCAUGUCCACUGACAGUGUUACCCCUGGGUAGAGGUAGUGGUCCUGAAGUGUUCUCAAAGGGUUCCGUGCCUGACAGAGAAGGGCUAGCUUCACUUGGUGGAGGGUCAUUGGAGUGGCCUCCAAAGGAUCUGAGUGAUACCUAACCUGCCACUUUGGGCAAGGGUUCCUACCAUAUGGAACCCCAUACUAUGGCACCCCCUUUUCAAACACAUCCAAGUGAAAAAAAAUCCAUUUACUAAGGACCAUAAUGUGCACAGAUGCAAACUCUCUCAGUUUGGCCAGGAUCAGGGCCCCUCCCUGAGGCCUGGGGAGCCAGGAGCACAGCACACCUGCCUUAGACAAGCCUUGCUGCUGGAGGGGCCUCUGGGAGAGAAGCAUGCUUGGUCCCUUUUCAGAGCAGCACUGUUUGUGGACCCUAGAGACGUGGGAGUCUAGGGAGCUGAGAGAGCCUAGUCACCACCUAGUGUGGUAGCUAACUGUAGAGUUCUCUUAGGAGCUGGGGAGCGCGGUUCUCAGAGACCGAGAUUGUAGCCACCAGCUUUGUGUUCACUUCUCAUUAAUGAUCUCAUUACUUUGGAGUAGUUACUCAGUUCUCAUGACCAGGAAUUCAGAAUAGUUCCUCCCUGGUUCUCGGGUGCACAAGGUGAACUGGCUGUAGUUUCCGCUGCUCUGUGGAGAGUACCCGACCUUCAAACGGCUUGCGCUGAGUGAUCAAUUCUUUGGUUCCCCUCUGGGGCAGCAGAACUGUCUCGGCUAGGACAGGCAUAUGCAUACCAUCUGUGGCUGACCCCACGGCUUCCCGUCAAGACAGACGGGCACGUAAUGGAUUGGCCACGUACAGGGUUCCUUCCUUGUAGCUCUAGCUGUAGACCCCCAGGCUGCUGUGUGUGCAAACGUGGAGGUAAGACAGGCAGGCCAGACUUGGGUUGCUAUGGGCCUACCCCCUGCUCCAUGAUGGUAUCUGGAGCCACCGCUGCCAGCCAGAGGACAGGGCAGCCUGUGUCAGAUGUGGCCAGGACAGUCAGUUUAAGUGAGGGUCCUUCACUCUGCUGCCCUCUGUCAGGCAAGUCCAGACCCUGGUAAUUAAACUCUUGAGAAAACAGAAUCCUGAAAUUUAUACAUGAGUAUUGGGGUGCUAGUCAACUAGAUUAAACUGGUUCUUAAUUUGAAGGUGCCUCAUCUUUCAUACUCUGUAUGGGCGUGACUGACCUCACGUGAAGGGAGCUGAGCCUCACACCACUUUCUCAUGUCAGUCCAAGAAACGUGUGCAGCGUUCAGUGCAGAACUUCACACUGAUAGGAACACUAACUGUGAAGUCUCCCUGCCAUCCCCAGCUCUGUACGGAUAAGGACUAGCUUUUCCAAGUCUAGGAAAACAUGGCAGGUCCAAACGCAUUUCCCUUAAGAAAUGGAGCAACAGGAUUUUAAGUUAAGCAGGGACCGUGAACUUCUGCCCUCAAGUUAUUUGGGUUAAGGAGCAAACCAAGUAGGUGCUGAGUGACUGAGCCUGUGUCCUGGCUAGUUACAAACUCAUGCAAACACCUCUGUCCUCCUCUGAAGGCUACCAGAGAUCUGUGCCGUCACCGUGCCUGGACCCAGGGGAUGUCGUCUCCAAGGGUGAACCCAGGCAGGUUAACUGGUACAGCGCAUACACCUUGUUCCAGUGAGGGCUGACGACUUACAACUCCCUAGUGGCCUGGCAAAACUCCCCUCCUUGCUGCCCGAGAUGUGCUUUUCCUGUGAGGGGCUGAUGGCUGUUUUAGGCAUGAGGUACCAGUGUGUCCUUUCUUACGGGGGAAAUCAGGCUCCUUCCUGGGCUGUUUGCUUCCAUUCUGGGCCUAGAAUUGUGGUGCUUCUGAGCAGGACUACUGGGUAAGUUGUAGGCUAGCCCAGAAUUGGGAGGAAUUUAGAGACGUAUAGGGACGUGACUGGGGGGCAGGGGAUGUGGAAGUUUUUCCAUACAGAUUUAUCAAUGAGCAACCUACUUAGUGGAUUUUUAUACCUCAAGGCCAUUUACUUGUGUCUGAGUGGCUGAUGGGAAAGAUGAACUCACUGAGGUUCACUUGCUUCCACCUGAGGGAUGAGUAGUGCUUCAAGGCUAAGCCUGCCGUCAGCUGGUCUCAAAGCUGGGGUCAGCAGCCUUUCGCCUCCUGGAAUCAAUGCUAACUUCCUGGCUUUCCUUCUGGGGAGUCCUGUUACCCACCAGUCAGGAAGAGGGGCAGUCUUUCACAGCAGCUAGUGAGCAGCAGGGCAUCUGUUUCCUGGUUCCCUGUGGCUGACAUAGCUCAGGCAACCUUUCUAUGCCAGAGCCAUUGGGACGUCUCAACUGCGAUUGUUUUAAAUGCCUUCUAAUGGGGAAUGCCAGGCGGUACUUGAAGCAUUAUCAAAAUGGCAGUAGAGUCAGGUUCCAGGUGUUUGUGUGCACACAGCUGCGGGUCAACAGACGAGGGUGGCUGGGUGACUGGGUGCUGUCUGGCCUCCCUUGGAAAGGCUCUUCUGAUGCUGCUCACAUCUGAUCCACGUCUAUUUACUUAGGGGGCUGGAUUCUUGCAGAAUCGCUCUACAGAAAACUAUCAAAGGGACCUAGUAGACCUGAGUGCCUGCUCCUCUUGGGGACUCAGGUUUCUUCCAUACAAACAGCUGGGCCCCUAGAACAGAGGGAAGUAGGGAAGAGUGAUCUCUAGACGGCCCCGCCUAUCUUCCGAUUCACCACCACCCAUGCCCGGUCUACUGUGAACAGCCUAUCAAUCCAUUGACUUUUCUUAUUUUUGCAGUCCUUUAAAUCCACAAAUGUAUAUGCUUUGUUUUAUAUUAUUUAUUAUGUACAUACAUCUCUACUGUUAGUAUACCAUCUGUGAUUAAGACACUGUUUUGAAGCCCCUCAUCCAUGGAGCCUAGGGUUCUGUUGUCCCUUAUUGGGUGAGAGGGUAGUGAUUUUUUUUUUUUUUAAGGAAAAAAAAAAGACUGCACUGCUGCUCUUCCUCCGGCUUCUCUCAUUGCCCUACCCCAACCCACUCCUGAUGGCCAGUAUCUGGGAGGUAGGUGGGGGCAGAGCUUCUCACGUCUUCACAAGUUACUGCGGAUUGGUUUCUUCCCUGUGUGGUGUUAGGUGUGGCUCCUUCCUCAUCACUCCCAAGCCAGAUCUGUUUCCUAGGAUUGCAGAACCUAUCUGGAUCAUGGAAGCUGCCAGCGCUUUUAGGUUCUGAGCAUGUCUCUUCCUGGUACCAUGGCCCAGUUACCAACAUCCCCUUGUGCCUACAGCCAGCUCCGCUUUGUCUGAUGGCCCCACCCUCCUUAGCUGUACCCACUGCUUCACGGUAUACAUUUCAUGCUUCUGAGCAGUGGCAUCAAUGGAAAGCUAAACAAGCGCAGGUCAGAUGCACGGGCUUCACAAGCUGACUGUCAUGAUGGACGCGUUUAUAAUUAAUUCCAAUGUUGUAGAUUUACAAUACCUAUUUAUUUUGUACCAAUUUAUUUGUAAAUCUUGUGAUUGUUUUUAAAGGUUUUGUUUAUUUCUAUUCUAUUUAGAUAAAUGGUUUUCUGUUCACCU